UUCACCAUGCCUGAGCUUGCCAAGUCCGCUCCUGCCCCGAAGAAAGGCUCCAAGAAGGCGGUGACCAAGGCUCAGAAGAAAGACGGCAAGAAGCGCAAGCGCAGCCGCAAGGAGAGCUACUCCGUAUACGUGUACAAAGUGCUGAAGCAGGUCCACCCGGACACCGGCAUCUCGUCCAAGGCCAUGGGCAUCAUGAACUCGUUCGUUAACGACAUCUUCGAGCGCAUCGCGGGCGAGGCGUCGCGCCUGGCGCAUUACAACAAGCGCUCGACUGUCACCUCCAGGGAGAUCCAGACGGCCGUGCGCUUGCUGCUGCCCGGCGAGCUGGCCAAGCACGCCGUGUCUGAGGGCACCAAGGCUGUCACCAAGUACACCAGCUCCAAGUGAGCCACUGGCUGCAAAGCAGUUGAUAAGGUUCCGUCAUAUCCAAAGGCUCUUUUCAGAGCCAUCCACGCUUUCCAUAGAGAACUGGCACUUAGUUUAAACAGCU